AAAAAAAAAAAAAAAAAAAAAAAAGUCUAAAUAAGAAAUCGGAAUGGAACAAAAAAAUAUGGAUUGGUUGCAACAAGUCUGAACAAGCUUCUCAAAAAGGGGAGUGAAUUUAUACAGGUACGAUUUCGUCCAGUAGCUAGCUGUUUGGCACAUUAUGCUGCUACCAGACCAAAACAGCGUGUCUAAACUUGCAACCAGGAAGUGGCGAUAAUGAAAGUUACAUUAUUUUGUUAAAAUUAUUAUGUGAAUCAUUUUCUUCUAGGUUCCACUCGUCGAUUCGCAUAUUUCCUUGUAUGAAGAUGGAACAGAAUUGACAGAGGACUAUUUCUAUAGUUUCCAGACAAUGCUGAACUUGUCCUUCUUGCCAAGAAUGAAAGAUGGAGCGGAUGUGAGUGAAACAUUAAGUGAAACAUUAAAAGUAACUGUAAAAGACUGUAAAAAUAAAAAAACAUAGUAACUAGCCAACUAACAACCUCAGACUUGGUGGCAUGCACAAUGCACAUUCAUAUAGGGUUUAGGACGUACUUUAUGUAGCUGUGUAUAGUAAAUAAAUGAUAGCAAUACCAACUUAAAUAUGCACUUCUACAAAUAUGCAUAACCUUGUGGUGUUGGGUUCUAUUUUUCUCAUAAUUGGAUCUGUAUGUGAUGAAUAACUUAGAAGGAAUGCAUUAAUGAGGGGCAUAGGUUUGAACUAUACUGAUAUAAAUUGUUUCACAUAACAGGCUGUGAUUCAUGUGUGGAACGUUAGGGGAAGGACAGAUAAGACUUGUAUUUCUUACAGAUACGAACACUGCCUCUUUGUUGUCUGUGAACCGUUGUCUGUGAACCGUCCUUGGAUGUAGGAACGUACAGUCUUUUGGGUGCUGACUCUACAGGUUGUUAUGAUAAACUUAUGCCUGGGAACGGUGGAGCGCCAAGGGGUGGGACUAACCCGUGCGCCAACGGAUUGGCUGAGUAAAGUCUAAACCACACUCAGUCAUUUACUCUGAUUGGCCAACAGAAGAGGUGGGAACUCUCUGUCAGAGUAUUUGAGAAAUAACCUGUAAACAAUGGAUCAGUUCUCUGAGUGCCCUGCGUGGUAUCUCAGCGGACCCGUAUAUACGAACCUUCAUACUUAUCAUACAUACAUUUUGCAUAUAAUAAAUUAAGCUUGGAUUGAAGAUCUCUUGAUUCUUAUUCCAAUACCAGAUUUGAAUUACGCAAUUUCUAACAGUGGUAAUUGAUUUGAAAAGGAUGCAUUGGUAAAAGCUUUCACUUGGAGGAAGAGCAGUUAACCACGCUCGCGUAAUGAGUAGCCUAACCAUGCCUGCAAGUGAUACUUGCCAGUGAGGCUGUCUGGGCUUCAAAUACAAUCGGUUACAUGGGUGCCAUGACUUGGAUGUUUAGGUGACAGAGGUUGUUCUGUGAACCAAUUGAAAUAACUGGUAUGAUUUGUGAUUAUUCCAGUUGUCAGCGACAUAGAACGGUUGCUGGACACCGACAGGGAAGCAGAUAAGUUGAUUGAGUUGACUACGGGGCUUCUCUCUGACAAUCGGUCUCCAACGACACACAGACUCCUGGGGGACACGCUCCUGCACUUGAACGACAGCUCUGAGACUGAAAAGAGAGAAGAUGAUCAAGACUGGUUCCAAGGUAACAAGUCCUCAAUCUUGGGAUAGAUAGAAAUGCUGCAGGAAAUGAUGUGGCAGCCAAAAGCAAGAUGGAGAAAAAUAAUAAUAAAUCAUCUGAAACAAACUGUGCCUUUAUGGUUGCACCGUUCUAUUUCUGGGCUUUCAGGAAUUGAUGACAGAUUUAAGACCAAAUCGGCCUACAUUAAGUACAACUGUGAGAUGAGGAUUCGUGGAUACAUGAAAGAGGUGAAACUACAGUGCCUUCAAAGUAUUCAUACCCCUUGACUUAUUACAGGUUGUGUUACAGCCUGAAUUCAAAAUGGAUGAAAUAUAUAUAUUUUUAUACAUCUUUUCACAAUACUGCACAAUGACAAAGUGAAAACAUGUUUUUAGAAACUUUUGCAAAUGUAAUACAGAAAUAUCGAAUUAACAUAAGUAUUCACACCCCUAUGUCAAUACUUUGUAGAAGCACCAUUGGUAGUGACUACAGCUGUGAGUCAUUAAGUCUCCAAGAGCUUUCCACAUCUGGAUUGUGCAUCAUUUGCCCAUUAUUAUUUUCAAAAUUAUUCAAGCUCUGUCAAAUUGGUUGUUGAUCAUUGCUAUAAAACCAUUAUCAGGUCUUGCCAUAGAUUUAAGUCCAAACUGUAACUUGGCCACUCAGGAACAUUUACUGUCUUCCUGGUAAGCAACUUGUGUAGAUUUGACCUUGUGUUUUAGAUUAUUGUCCUGCUGAAAGGUGAAUUAAUGUCCCAGUGGCUGGUGGAAAGCAGACUGAACCAGGCUUUCCUCUAGAAUUUUGCCUGUGCUUAGCUCCAUUCCUGAAAAACUCCCCAGUCUUUAACGAUUACAAGCAUACCCAUAACAUGAUGCUGCCACCACUAUGCUUGAAAAUAUGGAGUGGUGCUCAUUUGUAUUGUAUUUGCCUCAAACAUAUUUUCCAUGUUUUGGAAUAUUUGUAUUCUGUACAGGCUUCCUUCUUUUCACUCUGUAAUUUAGGUUAGUAUUGUGGAGUAACUACAAUGUUGUUGAUCCAUCCUCAGUCUUCUAUGCCAUUAAACCCUGUAACUGUUAGGCCUCAUGGUGAAAUCCCUUAGCGGUUUCCAUCCACUCCGGCAACUGAGUUAGGAAGGACGCCUGUAUCUUUGUAGUGACUGGGUGUAUUUAUACACCAUCCAAAGUGUAAUUAAUAACAUCACCAUGCUCAAAGGGAUAUUCAAUGUCUGCUUUUUUUUUUUUAAUCUACCAGUAGGUGCCCUUUUCGAGGCAUUGGAAAACCUCCCUGGUCUUUGUGGUUUCAUCUGUUUGAAAUUCACAGCUCGACUGAGGGACCUUAUAGAUAAUUGUAUGUGUGGGGUACAGGGAUGAGGCAGUCAUUCAAAAAUCAUGUUAAACACUAUUAUUGCACACAGUUAGUACAGAUAACUUAUUAUGUGACUUGUUAAGCACAUUUUUACUCCUGAACUUAUUUAGGCUUUCUACAAGAAAGGGGUUGAAUACUUAUUGACUCAACACAUUUCAGCUUUUCCUUUUAAAUUAAUUUGUAAAAAUGUUUUUAAAAAACAUUCCACUUUGACAUUAUGGGGUAUUGUGUGUAGGCCAGUGUCAAAAACAAUCUCAAUUUAAUACAUUUUAAAUUCAAGCUGUAACACAAUGUGGAAAAAGUCAAGGGGUGUGAAUACUUUAUGAAUUACUGAUGCUUUGGUUUGACACUGAAAGUGGUUGGCACUGUCAAGAAGUGAUCCUCAAAAGCCGUACCUCAUUAUAACAAGCCUACUCCAUACAUACUGAAAAUUGUAAUCAGCCCUUCUAUUUUCUGAGAGGAAAGAAUACACGUGACAGACUUUUCAUUCGCUUAUUCACAGGUGCGUAAUUAUGCUCAAACCAUCCAAACGCCUAAACUCAAGGACAGAUACAUGCAGACUACUUAAUGAUGCAGCUGAAAUCUGACAAGUUCAAUGGUUGCUACUUCGACAGGACAGAAGAGGAACAAAAUCGACUAUGCACCAAGGAGGGAUGGUUCAACUGUCAGGUAACAUUGAUGAACCUGAAAUUGGCUAACAGUGUCACCAUAGAGAUUAUAAUGGUAACUAACAGGACCAGAUCAUGUUUGACUCAGUAGCAUCCUGUCUUACAGCCUGUGUCCUUUCCCAUCCCUCUCCUUUCCUCAGGGUGCUUUUGACCAGGUUAAAUGCGAGUUCCAUCACUCAAUCAACCCCUAUGGAAACAGAGAGAGCAGGAUUAUCUUUAGCACCUGGAACUUGGACCACAUGUGGGUUUAGUGAAUAAUAAAGAUUAUAAAUGUAAUUCAGAAUGUUAGGCUCAAUUGUGUUUGUAAACAGUAUAACAAAAAAGCCUGCUUGAUUAUCAAUUGCAACAUGUGUGUCCUGUCUGUUGUGGAUCAAAUCUUGACUGAAAUCUCUUUCUGUCCCAGCAUUGAGAAGAGGAGGACGGUCAUUCCUGACCUGGUGGACGCACUGAAGAAACCGAAGAGACGCGACAUAGACCUGGACCAUUUUUACAAACUGCUGUUCACUAGGGAGAAUCUGAAGCUGGUGCAUAUUGUAUGCCAUAAGAAAGGUGCCCGUGACGAAAGCAAAUUGUACAAACGACGCAAAUCAAAAUGAUUUUCAAGUGAAGACGCAGGGUAGAUGUUUUUCUACUGUUUGUUGGUUAUUCUUGAAUUUUAUGAUUUCCCCACCACACACAAAUAACGGAUGAAGUGCAAGACGCAUGAUUACUGGUAAAUAUAACUACAUGUAAUUAUGGGCAGGGAACAUUGUUUUCUGC